AUGUGUUUUGAUGUUGAAGAGGUAUUGGGCCAAUUAACCAUCCAGGAAAAGAUAUCGUUGGUUUCAGGCGUGGACUAUUGGCAUACUGCUCCAGUGCACAGGCUUAAUGUCCCCUCUAUUAGAACGUCAGAUGGUCCUAACGGUAUAAGGGGCCAGCACCAUUUCAACAGUACGCCAACGGCUGCGAUUCCAGUGGGAACAGCAUUAGGCGCAACUUGGAAUAAGGAGCUACUGUACAAAGCUGGUCAGUUGUUAGAGAAAGAGGCGAGGGCGAAGGGUGCUGGUGUCGUUUUAGGGCCUACUGUUAACAUUCAGAGGAUUCCUAAUGGUGGCCGUGGGUUUGAAUCCUUCUCUGAAGACCCAUUAUUGAGUGGUGAAUUGGCAGCUUCUUACAUUAAGGGCAUCCAGUAUGACGGUGUGGCUGCCUGUAUCAAGCACUUUGUUGGCAACGAUCAAGAGAACGAACGCUUCUCUUCCAAUUCCAUCAUCUCUGACCGUGCCUUGCGAGAGAUAUAUCUCAAGCCAUUUGAAAUUGCCAUUGAGAAAGCAAAGCCUUUAGCACUGAUGACUUCGUACAAUAAGGUCAAUGGAGUCCACGCAAGUGAAAACAAGAUACUGUACAGUAUCUUGAGGGAAGAAUGGGGCUGGGACGGUACAGUUAUGUCAGAUUGGACUGGCACAUACUCUACUGCUGAAGCCAUCAAUGCAGGACUCGACCUCGAGAUGCCAGGACCAGCCAAAUUCAGAGGCGUGUUGCUUCAACAUGCUCUUUUAGCAAAGACCGUGUCUCUCAGAGCCCUGGAUGAACGUGUAAAGAAUGUGCUGAGGCUUGUUCACAGAGUCCAGGCUUCGCAAAUUCCAGAAAGAGCCCCAGAGACAGAGAGAAACCUGCCAGAGGAUCGUAAGCUCCUGAAGGAGCUUGCAUCUGAAGGCAUUGUCCUGUUGAAGAACGAGGAUAAUGUGUUACCAUUAAAUAGGCAGAAGAAGGUACUGGUUGUAGGGCCAAACGCUCCCUAUGCCAUCUACUCAGGUGGUGGCUCUGCGUUGUCAACACCAUACUACUAUGUCUCUCCCUUAGAGGCUAUUACCAGCAUUGUUGGUGAUGAAAAGGUGGUGUACGACUUUGGUGCUUAUAACCACAAGUACUUACCAAGUCUUGCACAAGAGCUCUUCAAUGGAGAGAGUAAUGGAACCCUGAUCGAGCUGUUCAAUGAGCCACCCUCGGUACCUGGCAGAACACCGUUUGAUACCAUCCAGUUCAAGAACAUCAACUACUUCAGGAUGAAUGAUUAUACACAUCCUGGCCUAAAGUCGCUGAGAUUCUAUGCUACCUUAACUUCCACCUUUAUUCCACAACAUGACGGUGAGUACACCUUUGGAAUAGCAGUAGAUGGUACUGCCAACCUCUACAUUGAUAAUGAGCUGGUGAUUGACAACUCCACAAACCAGAAGCUCGGUGAAUCGUUCUAUGGCUCAGGAACAGUGGAAGUUUACGGGAAGUACCAGGUGAAGAAAGGCAAGUCCUACGCCUUGAGAAUCGAGUUUGGAUCAUCAGCAACCAGCAAUGUCUCCGGCAACAGGACCUUCAGCGGUGGUGGUGGCUUGAGAUUUGGUGGGCUGAAGAUAGUUCCCAAUCCAAUAGAAACCGUGUUGCAGAAAGCAAAGGACUAUGAGCAGAUUCUCGUUGUCACAGGACUCAAUCAUGACCAUGAAUCUGAAGGCUCUGAUAGAGACGAUCUGAAGAUACCAGGUGAAAGCAACAAGCUGAUUGAAGCGUUGCUAGAGGCUAAUGCUGAUACAGUUGUUGUUAUACAAUCAGGAACUCCUGUGGAAAUGCCGUGGGCCAGUAGGGUGAAGGCAUUGGUUCAUCAAUCCUAUGGUGGAAUGGAAGGCAGCAACGCACUGGCUGAUGUGCUGUUUGGCAACAGCAGCCCUUCUGGCAAGCUCCCGAUAACGUUUCCCAGACGGCUCGAAGAUACACCAUCGUAUAUAAACAACACUACUCAAAACGGCAGAGUUCUUUAUGGUGAAGAUAUCUACGUGGGAUACCGGUACUUUGACAAGGUGAGCAGAGACGUUCUCUUCGCUUUCGGCCAUGGCCUGUCGUACACCUCCUUUGAGCUCACUGGCCUGGUUGUGAACGUGAAUGGUGAUCUGCUGGAAGCUUCUCUAACAGCCAGGAACACUGGCCAACUUCAAGGCUCUGUUGUCGUUCAACUAUACAUCGGUAAAGCAGAUUCAAAGGGAAGACCGGUGAAAGAGCUCAAAGCGUUCGAGAAACGAUCUUUGAAGAGCGGACAUGAACAAUUGAUAACGUUCUCUGUUCCUUUGAAGACAUCAACUUCAUAUUUUGAUGAAGAAGUGCAGAAAUGGCUCUCCAGUGCUGGUGAAUACAACGUCAUCGUUGGCCAGUCAAGUGACGAUGUCAAGAGUGUAACACAGGCCUUCACUUUACACCAGUCAAUUGUAUAUUAG